AUGGAUCGAGCAUCAAGAAGACGCCCGGCGUUGCUUCUCGUCCUUGCUGCUGUCGUCACCGUGCUCUGCCUCGUGCAAGUCGCGUCAGCUUAUACCGGGUAUCAACAGAUGGUAGCGAAGCUGAAAAAGAAGGGCUACAGCACGGCUCUCGCCGCGUGGCAGACGUCUGGUCUCAACAACACGCUCAAGCAGUACCUGCCGACGUCCAAGAUGACGGUGCUGGUGCCGCGGAAUAGCGCGUUCAGCAAGCUCACGGGCAGCUUCCAAUACUCCAAGCUCAAGAAGAACCCCAAGGCGUUGCUGCAGGUCAUGGCGUACCAUGUCUUCAAGCAACGCUUCUCCAACACUACCUUACAGGCGGUGAAAGUGGGCACGCAGUUCGCCACGCUGGAUUACAAGUAUGUGAUGCUUAAGACUGGAUCCAAACCAGCAAGGUUCACCAAGAAAGGGGCCUCUGGAGGAGCUAAAAUUAUUGCUGGAGACUUGUAUGUGGACCCACAGGUUAUUGUGCAUGGUGUGGAUACCGUCAUCAUCCCACCCAAGAUUCAUAAGUGA